CCCGGGACCCAGGUAUAAAGACCACCAAAGAAGCGGCUUCCAGACAUCACCACCCUCCUCCCCAGUACCAGCCCAGCCACACGCCAUCAUGUGCCAAACCAGCUGCUCCCCAGGCUGCCAGCCAACCUGCUGCAUACCCAGCCCCUGCCAGGCAUCCUGCUACAUGCCCGUGAGCUGCCAGUCCUCCGUGUGCGUGCCCGUGAGCUGCACGCGCAUUGUGUGUGUGGCCCCCUCCUGCCAGCCCUCUGUGUGUGUGCCUUUGAGCUGCAGGCCUAUCAUAUAUGUGACUCCCUCCUGCCAAUCUUCUGGGUGUUGCCAGCCUCCCUGCACCACCAUCCUCUGCAGACCCAUCUCCUGCAGCGCCCCUUCCUGCUGCUGACCAGCUGCUCCUGGUACACAGGGGUACACACCUGUAUCCCUCCAUGAACUAGCAUCUGGUGGACCCCCAGACUGUACACAUGGGGCAGAUGAAAAGCAUGCUCAAGGAAACCUCUGAACUUUGGGGUGAGAACACGGAAAAAUGAUUCAGACCUUCUGUGACCCCGGGAACCCCCUCAAGGAAGUCCUGGCUGCCAGAGUCCUUCUCUCACUCCGGCAGGAAACUAAAACCCAU